UGCGUCGAUUCUUAGUCUAUCAUGUCCAACCUGCUGCAUGCAUGCUGCUUGAGGUAGAGUGCGGAAAGUAUUGUUAGCUGUCAACUGCAUGUCCGGGAUUAACUUUCUUGGACUUCCGGCCAUACACAAAGAUCUUGAAAACAGACCAGCUGUGAGUUUGUGUCUGUUGAUCCUGGAGGCAUUUCAUUUCCAACCCGUCGCUCAAAAGUUCCGCUAGAUACCUAGCUAGAGAUAAGCUAACGUUGCUAGCUGGCUAACGUUAGUUGAGAAAAUUUCAAGAUGGCGCCUUUCAGAUGAACGCAGGACGUUUCUAAAGAGGUUGUAGCUUCAGCCCGUCAGUGACUGAGAGCUAAACUGAGCCCUCGCCUCUGUCUGUCACCAACAUGGCCAAAGACCAGACCAGUGUGUUCGACCUGCUCCCUUUUCUGGAGUCCACGGACCUUCAGCAGCUGCAGCAGACCAGACAGCUGGUGGAGGACCACCUCAGGGCAGAAAAGGGCUCGGUGCUGCUGAAUGGCCUGGUGGAUUAUUACCUGGAGUCCAGCUCACCUCAGGCUCUGCUCAUCCUCACCGCAGUGGUUGAGCCACAGCACAAGCCGCUCCUGGAGAAGCUGAAUGACUGCCUGGGACGACAGAUGUGCCGGCUGGCCUCGCUCACCCUGCUGGCUCACGUCAUCCGCCGGCAGCCACCCUGGAUCCACACCAUCACCCGCUCGCCCCUCUUCCCCGCGCUGCUCAAGUGCCUGAAGACGGACUCCGAGCUGGUGGUGCUGAUAACAGGAGUUCUGGUGGUGACCACACUACUUCCCAUGAUCCCCCAGCCCAGUCGCCACCUGCUGGACGAGCUGUUUGAUGUCUUCGGACGCCUGGCGGGGUGGACUCACAGGAGCUCAGGGACCAGCCCCAGUGUGCUGGCCAUCCAUCUGCACGCUGGCAUCUACUCCCUCUUCCACCGCCUGUACGGCAUGUACCCCUGCAACUUCGUGUCCUACCUGCGCGUCCACUACAGCAUGAAGGAGAACCUGGACACCUUUGAGGAGGUGGUGAAGCCCAUGUUGGAACAUGUACGGAUUCAUCCCGAGUUGGUGACUGGAACCAAAGAUACCGAGCUAGACCCCACAAGAUGGCGGAGUUUUGAGACCCAUGACAUUGUGGUGGAAUGUGCCAAAGUGUCCCUUGACCCCAAGGAGGCCUCCUGGGAGGAGGGCUUCUCCAGCAUGCCUGAUGUCUUACCGAUCCACCUGAACUCUCGAGGCCUUGGAGGAUCACCCCUGGACCUCAGCAGCUAUGGAAGCCCCUCUGUCCCCCUGUGGACCCCAGGCGUGACCCCCUCUAGGCCGGGCCCCCCUCCCUCUCACUCCAGCACCCCCCUUUCUGCCACCCAGCAGAGUUCUACCAUCGCCAUGGGAACUCAGGACUCAUUUUGGAGCCCUGCCUUGCACUGUGGGAUAGCCACGCCCCCCAGGGCAGCAUCCCCUACCAGUCACGGGUCCCAGAGCUCCUCCCACCUCUCAGGAAGAAUGCAGAGCACACCAGUGAAUGGAAAGCUGACUCCACAAGCCUCCAUGUCAGGCUCUCUCUCUCCACUCCCCUCUCAGCCCCAGGAAUCUGAAGCCAGAAACCAGCCUGUCAACUCUGCCCAAUGUCCAAAGGGUGGUGGAGUGAUUGACAGCUGUCAAUCAUCUGACUUGGAGCAGAAGAAUAAGCCAGAACCCAGUGCCUCAGAGAAUGUUACUUGCUCAGGUGGUGCUGGUGAGCAGGAGAAGUCCCUCACUCUGCCUGAGGUGUGUGCCUUUGUUAUGGAACGGGAUGAAGAGGGUCAGAGAGAGGAAAAUGCUUUCACUGAAGAGCUGCUGAGCCUCACAGACAGUGACCGCAUCGUUCGGACCUUACACAGACGAGACACCAUGUUCUCCCACAAGCGGCCGCUAAACCCCCAGGGGAAACUCAGCUACACCGAGCCCCUGUGCAUCGGCACCGACACCCCAAACUGGCUGUCCACCCCGGACCCUCAGCGCCCCCUGUGGACCACCUGGUCUUACACCCCCUCAGAGAGUUUUUCGUGCGACGGGGCCUCCCAGCAUGCAUUUCUCCCGUACGAGCCCCUGUUCGACCUGACGCUGCCCAAAGCGGCCGGGCUGUUUGUGGAACGGAGGACGGGAGAGGCGAGGAGGCGGGCCGUUGGCGGCGGCGCCGACGGCAGGGCGGGGGAGGAUUGGUCGGAGGGGGCCGCGGCGGGUUCCCCUCUGGAGAUGUUGGAUCAGCUGAUCCGCCAGGGCAGCACCAACCAUGACCACAUUCUCAAGAGGUUGUCAAUGCCGAGCAGACCAGCUGAAAGCCAGGCGCAACCGGGGAAACCGGCGCAGAGUGUAAAAGGCAAAGAUGUUGAGGAGUUUCAGGACCUGCGCAGUCAAGUGCAGUUGCUGCACACGCAGCUGCAGUUUGAGCGCUACAAGCGGGAGCAGCACGCCAUCCGCAAUCGGCGCCUGCUGCGACGAGUCAUCAAUGCCACCACGCUGCAGGAACAGAACGUCUCUAUGAAAGAGCAGCUGCACCGGCAGGAUGUGGAGAUGCAGGGUUUGCGCGGGAGCCUCCAGCAGGAGCAGCAGCGCUACUCCGUCCUGAAGGAGGAGACGCAGGCCCACAUCAAGCAGCUGCAGGAGCAGCUCGCCCAGCUGCAGAGAGAAUGCAGCCAGUAUGCGUCAACUACUCAGAAGCUACAGGCUGAACUGGAGGAAAGUGAGGAGAAAAUGACCCAUCUGGAGGCGGAGUUACAAACAGCCAAUAAGAACCUGAUCAACAUGGAGCAGUUACUGAGUCAGCUGUCUCUGAAGCUGGGCUACUCUGAGCGGCUGGAGGAGCAGGCGUCCUUCCUGAUCCAGCAGCUGCUGCUCCUAGAGGAGAACCACAAGCUCUGCCUGCAGCAGCUGGAUCGCCUGGGGCCCCACGCCAACCAGGAGAUGAAGAUGCUGCAGGCCUCCUGGAGGAAGGAGUGCGAGCGCGCACGCGUCACCUCUGUGCAGCAGGGUCAAAGGUUAGACGGGGCACUUCAGCGAGUCACUGACUUGGAAGCCUCAGUCAGCAGGAAGGAACAACUCAUCCUGCAGCAGAAGAAACUUCUAGAAGAUGUGAAAGUACAGUCAAGAGACCAGCUCCAGGCUUCAGAGGACCGGUAUCAGGGUCAGAAGCAGGUGACUCAGGCACUGGAGCUGGAGCUGCUGAAGAUUUACAGCCAACUGGAAACAGAGAGGCAGACCAAUCACGACCGAAAACACGCAUCCAACCACCUUAUUAGCCCCGCCCAGGCUGAUGCACGUACCCCCACAAGGACAAGAGCUAAUGGAUGUGGGGAGGGGUUGGAUGCUGUAGAUGUGCCUCAGCGAGCCGAUAGGCUGAAAGGUGUCCAGGAAGUGUCAGUUUCACCCCCCUCCUCUGCUUCCCCUUGCCCCCCCUCGGGCAGUCUGUUGGGCCGCCGUGCCAGACAACUCUCCCGCAACAUGAGUGACGGUCUCUAUGACGACGAAUAUCAGCCAGUGGAGAGCAGCCAAUCAAAUACCAGCUCAGGAUGUCACUGCGGUGAAGCCCCACCCACUGCCCCUCAAGCUCAGGCCGUGGUUCAGUCAUGUGACCAGUGUGGGUCAUAUGAUCAGGAAGCCAGUGAGGGCCUGAGACGACUACAGGAUCUGCACAUCAUGGACUACAAUGAGAUGCCUGACUUGAGCUAAGAGCUAUGUGUGUAUAAGUGUGUGUGUGUGUGUGUGUGUGUGUGUGUGUGUGAGAGAGCGAGAGAGCGAGAGAAAGAGAUUGAGAGAUUAAGAUCUGACUGAUCUUGCUCAAAAAGGAAGAGCCGAAGAGCUCACAAGAGUCCUUCACAUUGUGUGUGUGUGAGAGUGCGUGUGUGUGUGUGUGUGUGAGAGUGCGUGU